UUCCUUUGGGGGUUCCCUGCAGGCGCUUCUCGUGUUUGCGCUCCUGCUGACAUCAUCCCCUGACCACCAAGUGUCACAAUUGCUGCUUCCUCAUUCUGCCUGACCCGGGGCGUGGGAAGUGGUGGACGUUUGGCUCCAUCUACGAGAUCUCUGGGAACGAGUGCUGCCUCUCCACAGGGGACCUGAUCAAGGUCACCCAGGUUCGCCUCCAGAAGGUGGUCUGCGAGAACCCAGGAACAGGACAGACCAUAGAAAUCCCCCCCAACUUCUGUGGCCACUUCAGCCCCCUCACCGGCCCUCAGAGCUACGAAACCCUGGAGGAGCUGCUCUCUGCUGCAACCCAGCGCUCCAGGAAGCUGCCCAUUGGCUUCAUGUCGACACACAAAAUCACCACAGAGGCCAGGGUGGUGCCCAGGGACCAGCCCCUCCUGCUCAAGGAUGUGGAGGAGUAUCAUAGGACCUACCAUGCCCGCUGUGUGCUGGACACCAAAACCCAGCACUUCACUCUGUACCUGCCCCUGUCCCAGACGGGCCCCUUCUGGGAAUGGGAGCCUGGCGCCCCUCGGCCCCUCCUCCAGGCCCUGCAGGAUCCAGCCCUGAGCGACCGCCUCUUCACCUGCCCCACACUCCCUUGGCAGUCCCUGCUCCUGAGGCCCCAGUAUGAGAUCCAAGCCAUCAUGCACAUGCGCAGGACCGUCGUCAAGAUCCCCUCCACCCUGGAGGUCGAUGUGGAAGACGUCACCGCCUCUUCUCAGCACAUCCACUUUAUCCAGCCUCUGCUGCUGAGUGAGGCCCUGGCCCGGGGAGGCCCCUUCCCUCUGUCCGUGGAAAUCCUGGAGGUUCCGGCGGGGCCCCCCAUCUUCCUCAGCCCGUGGGCAGGCUCCUUGCAGAAAGGCCAGCAGCUCUGCGUCCAUGGCCUGGCCUCACCGCCCUGGCGGAUCCUGGUCUCGACCAAGGGCCGGAAGGUGCCCAGACACUUCAUGGUCUCCGGGGCUUAUCAGGGCAAGCUGCGGCGGCGGCCGAGAGAGUUCCUCACGGCCUGUGACCUCCUGGGUGCCCUCCAGCCAGGCCAGCCGCUCCGGGUCGUGGCCACAAAGGACUGUGAGGUCGAAGGGUUAGAGACCCUUAGGCUCACGUCCCUGGCUGUGGGUGACAGGCUGGAGGUGCUGAGGCCCGGCCAGGCCCACGGGGCUGGAGGCCAGGACAUAGAUGUCUUGGUGUGUCAGCGGCUGAGUGACCAGGCCGAGGAGGACGAGGAGGAGGAGGAAGAUUAUGAAGAGAUAGAAAAUGAAGACCAGAUCCUGCUGCCCCUCUACAUCUCCAGUAGUUUCGUGGAGGAGAUGAGUGAUAAUCGGCGCUACAGCCUGGGAGACCUGACUGCCCAGUUUUCGCUGCCCUGUGAAGUCAAGGUGGUGGCCAAGGACGGCAGCCAGCCUGCUGACCCUCUGCCCUCCUUCCCAGGCCUGCGGCUGGAGGAGAAGAUCACGGAACCCUUCUUGGUGGUCAGCUUCGACUCUAAACCUGACAUAUGCUUCGAGCUCCCUCCCCGGUGGCUGGACCUGACUGUCGUGGAGACCGAGCAGCAGCUGGUCCAGCCGGCUGGGCCUCCCCCGGUCGCCACCGUGGAGGAGCUGACGGAAGCCUUCUACUAUACGCUCCGGCAGUUACCGGCCUUGGAGAACCAGCCUCCCCCACCGCGGCCCCCCAAAGGUCAAGGCCUCAGUGGGCAGAAGAAACAAAGCGGCAAGAACAAAAGUGGUCAGUCUUAUCAAGUCUCAGAAUGGCAGCAAGCUCCUCUGCUCCCCAAAGCCAAGAUGAAGACACUGCCGCAGGGCGCCAAGGACAGCGCAAGCAUGUACAGCAAGGUUGCUGCCCACAGGAAGGGCCUCAGGCACACUAAGCCCAUCACGGAUCCAGAUGAUGACGAACAUGAUUAUGAAGAGAUAGUUGAGAAAUUUCAGAAUACUCUUUAGAUACUGGAGCAGCCCUGCUUCUUACCUGCUGUGUCUCAGGGAAUCAGAGACCGUCAACUGUUACAAGCCUUUACAAGACCUCACACAAGAGCUCACUGAACUCAGACUGUGGACAGGAAAUGGCUUCAUGGAGACCAACGUGAAAAGGGGUGGACAUUGUUCCAGUGUUUUCCUCAUGUUCCAGGUUCCUGCCGCCGAGGGCUGGCUUGUUUGGGGCCAGCACCUCGCCCUCGCCUCUCUCAGCUCAGAGCUUUGGUGUGUAGAGGAGGCAGCUGGGUUCGGUUCAGUUCUGAGUCCCCAACGCUCGUGUCUCAUGAGUUGGUACAGAGAGGAAUCUGAGAUCACCAACCUUGAUGGUGGUGGCACCGUCUCCUGCCUCUCGGUAAAGGGGACUCAACCCGGAACACCCCGCACUGAGAGCCUUUUCUUCUGUUUGCCACCCCCUCACCCUCUUCCUCCGCCACUGAACCCUAAGCCUCUGAGAGAGCAGGACUAGGUCGCCUGUGAAGGAACAUGAUAGUUGUACGUGACGAUCCAAGAUUUUUUUGCUCAAAAACCAUAGAAUAAAAAUGACACGUGGGUGUCUGGAAAAAUGGGAACAGAUAUCAUGUAGUGAGGUCUGUGCCAGACCCUUUUUAAACAUUAUCUAAAUCCUCAACUCUCUGGAUAGACAACGCACUGAUUUUAAGGUCAGAAAACUAGCCUGAGUGGUGGGGUACUUCAGGAGGGCUGACUAGUCGUGGGCCUGGGUUAGCAUCUGGGCUCACCACCAUCUGGGCUGUGGCUGUGAGCAAGUUCUUUUAACCUAAUCUUCAGUUCCUUCAUUUGUAAAAUACAACUAAUGGUUAUCUACCUCACAGAAUCGUUCUAAGGAUCAAAUGCAAUAAUCUUGGUGUAAUAUCUAGUGCAGUGCCUGGCACAUAAUAAACACUCAAUAAAAAUGUUAGCAUCGUUACCGUUGACCCAGAUAGCGCAGCUCUGUGUCUGAGGCCUAUGUUCCUUCCCCACCUCCACAGUCUCCCAAUCACGGAAUCCUUCUGUGUCUGGAAUAUACUGAGCUCGUAGACUGUGGAGACAUGUGUGGACUGGUUGGAAGGCCUCCCCACCCAGCGUGACGGAGAUAAACCUGGGUCUAUGCAGACACUAACCCAGCUUCCAAGGUCAGUCCAGGCCUGUUCCUUGCCGUGAGACCACAGGCCUCACUUCCUGGAAGUGGCAGGGUUUUGGUUCCUAGAUGGAGGCAGUCACAGAACCAAGCACACCGCACACUAUCUCUUGUCCUCAGCAGAGGACAAGAGAUAGAUAAAAAGGGAACCAGAGU